AUGUAUGACCGAGCUCCAAGAGUGACCUUCUCGACAGCAACCGACACCUCGUCUGCUGUUGGCCCCGUAUCGUACGAAGUCACCCCGUGGAAGUCUAAAAUAUCAGAUGGCUAUGCUCCCUUCCUGUCCUUGACCAAAAGACAGUCAGCAGUCAAUGAGUCCAGUGAGAGGACACCAGCACCUGGACACUAUGACUCCUCACCUGUCAAGCUAAACAUCCAUGGUGGCUGCAGUCUCCAGCACCGCUCCAAGCGUUUUGAGGAGGUGGUGUCGACGGUUCCGGGCCCCGGGGCCUACAAUGUGCUGCCUGCUUCAGAAAACAAGCUCAGGGCUGUGACGGCUGAUGCAGGACAGGCUGAGAAGCUUGGCAGGAAAGUGGCUAAAAGUCUUCGGCUGGUUCGUCAGUCAGAUAUCCCAUCCAUUCCCUCCCCGGGCCAGGCCUAUGGCUAUGAGGAGGACGCCCUGGGUGUACUCAGCAAGCAACAGCCCCCUCCCAGGGACUCAACCCUGGGGCCAGCGUACUACACUCCAGUGUUGUCAGAGAUGACUUCUGCACAGAAGUAUAAGGGAGUCCACUUUGGCAACAUGACAGGGAAGAGAGGUGAGGUGACAGUGGGGGAGGGACCGGGUCCAGGACACUAUGACCCUCAGAUAGACCUUAAAACGCACUAUGAGAAUAUGAAUCUUCAAAAGGAGCAGAAAAGCAGAGCUGAGCUAAUCAUCCCUCGCUACCAUGAACUGGUGCCCAAGCAAGAGGAAAAGAAGGGAGUUCCUGGUCCAGGCCAGUAUCACAUCAGAAGUCAGUUUGAGAAGCCUGUGAAGUCCAGUGGUAACCUGUCAAAGUUCUCUUGCCCCUUCCUCUCUCAGACUGAGAGGUUUAGUCAUGUGAAAGAAGUGUCGCCCCCUGUUGGUGUAUACAAUGACCCGCGCUGUGCCCUGGAGCUGCUGAAGAAGACCACAGGAGUCAAGAAAAGCCCAUUUGGCAUCACCGCAGUGCGCUUCACUUCCAAAAAAUGCUCCACACCAGGUCCAGGGUCCUACAAUGUGUUCGAACAUGGAUUAGCCCGGGAGAGUUUUAAAAAGGCAUUUUUAGAGAGAACCAGGAAGGGAGGCUUUGGCUCCACUGCUCCACGCAGCUGCAUCUUCCACAACAAGGAAUCAAUAGAGGCCCCAAGUCCAGGACAAUAUGAGGCAGAAAAGAAGACAGAGGAGCACUACAAAAAGCAGAACACUGCGGUUUUCAGAUCAGCCACAGAACGUCUGACUUUAUCACAACUGGCCAAAGAUUCUCCUCCUCCCAACACUUAUAAUGUGAGUCAAACAUUUGGGAAAGCUAAUGGCCGGUCUUACUUACCACCCCAGAGUGAAGGAGCUAAGAGACGUCAGACCUGUUUCCUCUCUGCUGCACCGCGGAAUAAUUUCUUCUUGCCAUGUGACCCCAGUAUACCAGGCCCUGGCCAGUAUAAUGUCAGCGUGAAAUCCUUCCCACAAAUGGCUCUGAUCUCCUCCAGAGAAGAUCGAUUCAAAGUCUCCACGAACACCAACCCUGGACCUGGUGCUCAUCAGCUGAGUCCAGGUAUCAUGAACACAGUAAUGAAAGGCACCUUCAAUGUGACCCUCAGCAACCCUCUGGGUCCCUGCUGCUCCCCCCGUGUGGCCCCUGGCCCCUCAACAAACCACAAGACCUUUAACACUGUCGCACCUAACACCUUCACUGCCACCAGCACUUCUUAG